AUGUUUUGCACUUCUCAUCCUCGAAGUCCAAUAUCUUUGGUAUGUGUGGCUGAACACAAGUGUUAAUGUUAAAGGAAGAUGUGUGUUGAAUGUCUUUAUGAACACGGAACAGAGAUUAAAUAAGCAGUUCCAAUUAACAAAUUUCAUGAAAUGCUUCUAAAGAAAUUGUCAGAAAAUCAGUUGGAGGAUACAUCAGAAUUAAUUAAAUAGAAAAUAAGCUUCAAAUAACUGCUAUCUGAAACUGAAGCAAUUAUGAAGAAGUUAUGGGAAGAUUUAGUAACUUCAAUUAAAUUGAUCUAUGAGAUGAUUGAGUAAGAAAAUAAUUCUUACAUUAAUCUCAUCAGAAAAAAUGAAAAUUUAGCAGAAUCUUCUUAUAAUGAUUUGGAAAAACUAGUGUAAAUACAGAAUGGUAGAAUUUUAGAUGAUUGGAAUUAUAAAAAGAUUUCUUAUGUGUCGAAAUUGGAUAAAGCAAAGUAGUGGCUAGAAAAAGAAGUGAAAACUUUCAAUGAAAAAUUUAAACAAGAAAUGAAUGAGAUUUUAUAGAUGUUUCGGUAUAAUUUAACAACAUUUUUAAAUAGGAUUGAAAAGAAAGAGUAAUUGAUAUGGAAAGAAGGCACCCAACAACUAAGAGGAAUCUAUUGGAAUUAUAAUUAUAUACCACCUGUUUAACAAACAAUACCACUCCAAAUCACCUAUACAUUGGACAAAGAAAUUGAAUAUUUCAGAGAUGGAUCUAGGCUAAGAAUGUAAAAUUACUUUAAGAUUAACUUAGAGAUAAAAAUAUAGACAUAACAAAGAAUCCUGAAAUUUUAACUUAUUUAGAAUAAAUCUAAAAUCUUAAAUGGUUUGGACAAUAUGGAGAUAAUAAUAAGUAGAUAGGCAAAUGGAUCAUAAUAUGGAGUGGUGAAAAAAUAUAGGAUGUUGGUGGAGAGUACUCUAAUAAUGGUGAAAAAUAAGGUUAUUGGAUAGAGUUGGCGAAAAAUUAUUAAAAGUGAAUUAAAUAAUAUUAAUUAAUAGAUAAGCGUAAGUGCUUGAAAAAGGUGAGUAUGUGAGCGGUCAAAGAAAUGGUGUCUGGAAGUUUCUUUUUUAAUAUAACGAGAUGUAACUAUUAUAUUAUUAAAUAACAAAGAGGUGGUGGGGUUUAUAAAAAUGGAAUUAAGAAUGGAGAAUGGUAGGAAUUGAGUGAUAGCUUUAAUAAAUAUAAUUAAGUAACUUACAAAGGUUAAUAUAAAAAUGGUAAGAAAGUUGGUAGAUGGGAUAUUUAAUAUAGGCCUGAUGUAGAUAAACCAUUUAUUACAAUGUAAUAUAUAUUGUAUAAAAGUGUGUUUCAGUGGUGGUGGUUAAUAUGAUGAAGCAGGUGAUGGACUUAAGUUAGGUAAUUGGGUGGAAAUAUCAGAUAAUUUUUGGAACUCAUCCUAAGUAACUUACAAAGGUUAAUAUAAAAAUGGUAAGAAAGUUGGUAGAUGGGAUAUUUAAUAUAGGCCUGAUGUAGAUAAACCAUUUAUUACAAUGUAAUAUAUAUUGUAUAAAAGUGUGUUUCAGUGGUGGUGGUUAAUAUGAUGAAGCAGGUGAUGGACUUAAGUUAGGUAAUUGGGUGGAAAUAUCAGAUAAUUUUUGGAACUCAUCCUAAGUAACUUACAAAGGUUAAUAUAAAAAUGGUAAGAAAGUUGGUAGAUGGGAUAUUUAAUAUAGGCCUGAUGUAGAUAAACCAUUUAUUACAAUGUAAUAUAUAUUGUAUAAAAGUGUGUUUCAGUGGUGGUGGUUAAUAUGAUGAAGCAGGUGAUGGACUUAAGUUAGGUAAUUGGGUGGAAAUAUCAGAUAAUUUUUGGAACUCAUCCUAAGUAACUUACAAAGGUUAAUAUAAAAAUGGUAAGAAAGUUGGUAGAUGGGAUAUUUAAUAUAGGCCUGAUGUAGAUAAACCAUUUAUUACAAUGUAAUAUAUAUUGUAUAAAAGUGUGUUUCAGUGGUGGUGGUUAAUAUGAUGAAGCAGGUGAUGGACUUAAGUUAGGUAAUUGGGUGGAAAUAUCAGAUAAUUUUUGGAACUCAUCCUAAGUAACUUACAAAGGUUAAUAUAAAAAUGGUAAGAAAGUUGGUAGAUGGGAUAUUUAAUAUAGGCCUGAUGUAGAUAAACCAUUUAUUACAAUGUAAUAUAUAUUGUAUAAAAGUGUGUUUCAGUGGUGGUGGUUAAUAUGAUGAAGCAGGUGAUGGACUUAAGUUAGGUAAUUGGGUGGAAAUAUCAGAUAAUUUUUGGAACUCAUCCUAAGUAACUUACAAAGGUUAAUAUAAAAAUGGUAAGAAAGUUGGUAGAUGGGAUAUUUAAUAUAGGCCUGAUGUAGAUAAACCAUUUAUUACAAUGUAAUAUAUAUUGUAUAAAAGUGUGUUUCAGUGGUGGUGGUUAAUAUGAUGAAGCAGGUGAUGGACUUAAGUUAGGUAAUUGGGUGGAAAUAUCAGAUAAUUUUUGGAACUCAUCCUAAGUAACUUACAAAGGUUAAUAUAAAAAUGGUAAGAAAGUUGGUAGAUGGGAUAUUUAAUAUAGGCCUGAUGUAGAUAAACCAUUUAUUACAAUGUAAUAUAUAUUGUAUAAAAGUGUGUUUCAGUGGUGGUGGUUAAUAUGAUGAAGCAGGUGAUGGACUUAAGUUAGGUAAUUGGGUGGAAAUAUCAGAUAAUUUUUGGAACUCAUCCUAAGUAACUUACAAAGGUUAAUAUAAAAAUGGUAAGAAAGUUGGUAGAUGGGAUAUUUAAUAUAGGCCUGAUGUAGAUAAACCAUUUAUUACAAUGUAAUAUAUAUUGUAUAAAAGUGUGUUUCAGUGGUGGUGGUUAAUAUGAUGAAGCAGGUGAUGGACUUAAGUUAGGUAAUUGGGUGGAAAUAUCAGAUAAUUUUUGGAACUCAUCCUAAGUAACUUACAAAGGUUAAUAUAAAAAUGGUAAGAAAGUUGGUAGAUGGGAUAUUUAAUAUAGGCCUGAUGUAGAUAAACCAUUUAUUACAAUGUAAUAUAUAUUGUAUAAAAGUGUGUUUCAGUGGUGGUGGUUAAUAUGAUGAAGCAGGUGAUGGACUUAAGUUAGGUAAUUGGGUGGAAAUAUCAGAUAAUUUUUGGAACUCAUCCUAAGUAACUUACAAAGGUUAAUAUAAAAAUGGUAAGAAAGUUGGUAGAUGGGAUAUUUAAUAUAGGCCUGAUGUAGAUAAACCAUUUAUUACAAUGUAAUAUAUAUUGUAUAAAAGUGUGUUUCAGUGGUGGUGGUUAAUAUGAUGAAGCAGGUGAUGGACUUAAGUUAGGUAAUUGGGUGGAAAUAUCAGAUAAUUUUGACUAGUACUCUUAAGUAACUUACAAAGGUUAAUAUAAAAAUGGUAAGAAAGUUGGUAGAUGGGUAGAAAUAACUGAAACCUCAUUUCCCAAGUAAAUAACGCAAAUUGAAAUUCAUUAUGAUUAUUGA